AGUAACUUCCCUCCGCCGUUGAACUUUCUUUCCAGAAAACCGCGCUGAAAAACCGCCACCGAAAGUCUAGCCGACAUUCUUGUUAUUUUCCCUUUUUUCUCUUCGUUCUCCCCGCAGCCACUGCAGUGCGCCUGUGAGUGUGUCUUCGCGUCCUCGCCGAUGUUGAUGUUCGUGCGCGUCCUCACCGCGCUCGCAGUCGUUGCUGCGUGCGUGGCCCUCCCUGCAUUUGCCGUGGUGGAGAGCAGUGUCAACGCCGCCCUGGCAGGAGUGAUCAACGCCAGGUUGUCCAACGACGCCGACAACCCCUACCCCGACGUCGGCAAUAUUGGCGAACAGCAUGGCUCGUUGUACAUCGAGCCAACGCUGACGGACGGCACCUUCACGAUUCAAGGCGCCGCCGUCUCCUACUCCGACUUGGGACUCGAAACGGGCCUCAUCCACCUGGACUCCCUCACCGUGUCGAACGGCAACGUGGUGAUCAACGGCUACUACCCGGUGGUCACGCUGAUCCAGUUCUCCGCGAUGAAUGGCAUGGCGGCGGCCAACACGCCGAUGAUCACCCUGGUCAACGCGUUCUCAAGCGACAGGCUCACGAUCGAGGUGGUCGACUCCAGCGUGGCGUGGAGCGCUGCGGAGACCACCGCGAACACGCAGGUGCUGUUCUUGAUGCCGCAGACGCUGGCGGGCGCCGCCGGUGUGUUUGCGCUGGGCGUUAAGCUGGCCAGGGCCUCGGCCGUCGUGGGUGUGGUGGACUCCUCCGAUCACGCCUCGAUGCUGGUAGUGAACAACAGCGUCGUCGCGGUGGACUACGCCGAGUGCGACGGCUGCGCCAACGGCAUCAUCUACAUCCCGUCCUCCGCCAUCGUCGUGCAGUCCAACAGCCUGCUCCGCGUGUCGCACAUCGCCCUCACCGCCACACCGGCGCCGGCGGUGGCAGUCAUCAACGCCGCCUCGGGCGGCAUCAGCGUCACAUCCGACAGCCUCAUCGUCGUGGAGAACAUCACGUCGCGCACCAGCAGCAUCUUCGGUGGCAACAUGAACUCUGCCAACGUUGGUGCCGGUGGCGUGGCGCUCCGCUACCUGGAUGUGAAGGACGUUGGUGCGACGUUGGGUGCGGGGGUGUCCUACACCGAUGUCACAGUGCAGAGCGGCAGCAGCGAGCUGGACGGUGCGACGCACGUGGAAAACGCGUGCCCCUCUGCGUGCCUCAACCACUUCUCGCUGGUGAACGCGCCGCUGUCGUGCAACUGCACCUGCGGCGCCUUGCCCACCACCUCCCCCUCCUCGGCGAACGCCACGAUGUCCUACCGGAACUUCUGCACGCUCAUGGUGGACCCGCUAUCCACCUACUACCCAAAGGGGUGCACGGACGGCUGCAUCUGGUGCCACAACGAGACCGCCUGCAACACGUGCUCGGCGGGCUGGACUCUCAACUCCACCACCGCAACGUGCACGCAGACCGCCGCUCCGUGCCCUGCCAACUGCGCGACUUGCAAUGCCGCCGGCGUGUGCACCGCGUGCAACGAAGGCUAUGCCAUCUCCACCUCCGGCGCCUGCGUCCGCUGCACCACGGCGGGCUGCAAGCAGUGCAGUACGAACAACCCCAAUGUGUGCACGCUGUGCCAGGACAACUCGGCACCCAUCAACAACGUCUGCGCGUCGAACUGCACGGUCCCCUACUGCGUCUCCUGCCCCGUCGCCCCGGACACGUGCGCGCGCUGCGCGGACAACUACGGCCUCGUGAACGGCACGUGCUCUCCCGUGGAGUGCCGCGUGGCCGACUGCGUGGAGUGCAUCACGGGCGACCCCACCAAGUGUGCGCGGUGCGCGCCUCCAAAGAUCGUUGACACGGUCACCUUCCAGUGCAUCACGAGCGGCAGCUGCAGCGUCAGCCACUGCAAAACGUGCAGCCCCGUCAGCGCAUCCGUGUGCGACACCUGCGACGCCGGCUACACCCUGUCGGCUGACAAGACGACUGCACGGCGGACGUCACCUCCACCACGACGCCAACAACGCCGUGCAGCGUGCCGAACUGCAUCACGUGCGUCGCCAGCGACCCCAACACCUGCCAGUACUGCCGGAGUGGCUACUACACGUCCAACGGCCAGUGCGUGCCCACCAGCAGCUGCUACGUGGGCAACUGCGCACAGUGCAUGCUGCGCGACAGCACCAAGUGCUCCACGUGCCGCAACGGCUACCUCCUCAGCUCCACCUACACCUGCCUCUCGCAGCACGUCAACGUGA